AUGACGAAUGAAACUUGUCUUGUUCCCAAGCACGAUAGGACCAGCUACCAAAACGCAGUCAAUCCGCGUUCAACCCGUAAGCGCAAGGUUCGCAGUAGUCGGACAAUGCCAACGCAAAGGCAAUCCCAACGAUUGAGUACGGAUCCUCGUGUAAACGAUAUCGUCGACAAACUCGUCGUCUCGCAAGCGUCGGCACUAAUCCAGGACGACUCGUCUGCUCUGGACACCUUUGUACAUGAAACCGUGCCAUCUUGUUUGGCAACGGUACUGUCGUUGCCUAGAGUCAACGGGUCGUCGGUGCAGCAGCAACAACAACAACGAAAAGAUUGUGUCGCUCUCGCCAGCCUGCGAUUGCUGCAACCGUGCGGAUCUCUGAAAACAGCUGUACACCUUGCACAAACGAGAACAAUCGAAUCAGAAGUAAACUUAUUACCGGAUGUGUUGAAAUUGUUACGACUGCAAGCCAUGCUACGCCUCAAACUGUUGGAAAUUCUCGGAGCCGACACCUUUCUCGUGGAGUACGCUGGUUGGGUAGUUCGGCACAAACCCCGCAAAACACAGCGCAAGUCGCAUCGCCAGCCCCAAACUUUACCGUUUGAUAUCUUUUUUUGCGAUUUGACGGGCAUUCUUUCCUUAGCUGCCCUGUGUCUCCAUCGGUCCUCCUCCUUUCCGGCUUUUCUCGAGUCGUGCUUGCCGCGAGACCUGGUCACACAGAAGAACGCGCCGACUGGGAGAAUGCCGUACCGAACCAUGCUCCAAAUCUUUGAUUUUUUCGAAGUGUCCAAUCCCUAUCAGCCGCCCUCUUGCAACGACACGAAAGGAGUAAAGAAUGUCGACAUUCGGUCGCCCAUACGUUUACGAACAAAAGUCACCAAGCCAAGCGUCAACCGCGAGAGCGGUUCGACAAUGGCUGUCGCAACUAACGGUAAGCGGCCAAAUAAUGCAUUACUUGCAAUUCCACAGCAGCAGCCAUCCUGGGUACAGCCCAUACGUCACCAACCAAACUCGCUACUCCAGAACAAUGUCCGAUCCAAGUUUGUGGGCAGUCAUUUCAAUAGCAAACAACAUAUGGCCACGCUAUUUCGAAACGUCAAAGUAGCACCCGCAAAGGUAACUGCGCCAUUGAAAUCAAAAGUCGUUGCCAAAUCGGAGCCCAGCACUCUACCUCUAUUGAAGAUUACCAAUACGCUGCCUAGCAAAAAGUCUGGUUUGGUGCGGGAAACGCCCGUCAAGUCAAGGGCCCGUGUUGUCUCGGAAACGCCAUCCAAGCCGGCUUUGCUGCGUCGGAGACUCAUUGUGGCCGAAACACCCCUCGCCAAAUCUACUUCCACUUCCAGUGCACCCUUGCAGGUACGGUUUGGUACGCAGUCCUCGUGGCCUUCGGGGGAACAACAGGUUCACGGAAAAUUCCAAAACAGUGCGUUGGUCGCGGCGGAAGCCAUGCGUGCGGUGCAACGCGAAUCGGGAUGGAAGCGAUACGACACGGUGGCGUUAGAUUAA